GCAGCUUCAUAUCAGGGAAACGAAUCAGUUGUGCAGCUUCUCGUCAAGUGUGGGGCAGAUGUGAAUGCUCAGGGUGGCUAUUAUGGCAAUGCGCUACAAGCAGCUGCAUAUCAGGGAACCGAAUCGAUUGUGCGGCUUCUCCUCGAGCGUGAGGCAGAG